AUGGAGAGAACAAUAAUAUCAGAAGAACUCUUGCUGAUUACAACCAAUAUAGUUGGACCUCAGCACUUUAACAACAUAGCUAGACCUAGAGAUCAAGUUAAUAAAAACAGUAUAAAGUUUAAGAAAAAAACAACGGCGAAACUUCCACGACAUCCUUAUAAGACUCGAGCAAACGCCAAAGCUAUGGAAGAUUGGGAAGAGGAACGUCAAACUGUAAAGGCCGAUAUUAGUCAUCUAAAGGAUCAAGUCGGUCAAAUUUUAGAAGCGUUGAAAGCCAUGAAAACCGCUGGAGAGACUUCGUUUGCAAAGGCUGAUCAUAAUGCUCACACUCCAGUACAUGACGUUGUGGGCACACAAUUCACAUUUCCAAUGUAUGGUCUACCACCAGGUUACACACCGCCUAUCGGAGAUCAUUCAGAGGCAGAGCAUACUUCUUUGGCUUUUCCCGUAACUAGCAAUGUACUUCCCAUUAGUACCCAGGGGCCUAUCCACACAACUGAGGCAAAACUUAAUGAAAUGUCCAAGUUUCCCCACACAAUUGUCGCACAAGAUGUUACUUUGCAUGCGAUCUUAGAAGGAGCGAAGGAUAAACUUGAAGUUCUAGAAGGUAGACUGAGAGCCAUAGAAGGGUUUGAAAGUUACGGGUUUGGUGACGCGGCAAGCUUGAGUUUGGCUCAAGGAGUGACCAUUCCACACAAGUUUAUGGUGCCAGAAUUUGAGAAAUACAAGGGAAACACAUGCCCUAAGAACCAUUUGACCAUGUAUUGUCGAAAAAUGGCUGCUUACGCAUACGACGAUAAACUACUUAUUCAUUUCUUUCAAGAUAGUUUGGCGGAAGCAGCGUUGAGUUGGUGA